GACAAUGCAAAACAUAAACACGUGCAAAUGGCAUUUGUCAUUAAAAUUGCAAAAACUGUCAGAACUCAUUGGAAGAAAUCAAUAUUUGGUGCUUGUUUAGUUGCAUACGGCAUUAAAUAUGCCAUAAAAAGUCAUGAAGAGAACUUAAUUCGUAGAGCUUUUUGUGAAGAAGCCCGGAAAUAUGGCGAGGAGAAGAUAACUCUGAAUGACAAACCAAGAAAGGUCACUGUGUUUCUGAACCCCGCUUCUCAGGGAGGUAAAGGAUCGAAGCUGUUCAAUAAAAAUGCUGCUCCAAUCUUGUACCUUGCUGGAAUGGAGGUUAAUGUUGUCAAGACGGAGUUUGAGGGUCAGGUCAAACAGUUUCUCACUAUUCUCGAGAAGAAGGACAUGGAUGGGAUCGUGGUGGCUGGUGGUGAUGGAGCUCUGCUGGAGGCUGUAACAGGUUUUAUGAGAAAAGAUGAUGUGAAUUUCCGUCAGAAUGUUCCAGUGGGAGUUAUUCCCCUUGGCUACACAAAUCGGUUCGCCCAACUUCUCUUUGGAACAGAUCUAAGUGAAGUCAGGAUGAUAGGAGAAGCUGCCUUGGCUGUAGUGAAAGGCGUGACAAAGAAAUUUGAUGUCAUGAAAAUUGAGAGUAGUGAGGGUAAAUCUACUUACGCCUUGUCAGAUGUUCAAGUGGGGGCUUUCCGGGACGCUGAACAAAGAAAGUCCAAAUAUUGGUACUUUGGUCCAUUAAAACAUCGGUGGACGUAUGUUCGAACUGCAAUGAAGAAAUGGCCACAGAGUUUCAAAGCAAAGAUUAGUUAUGUUGAAGCUACGGAAGAAAACAUGAAAUCUCAAGUUGGGAAGCCUGAACCCCCUCAAUCUUCUUCCUGGAGCUGGCUCAGCUUUCUAUACAAUUCCACUCCUGUUACAAAUGUUGCAAGUGACGAAGAUGAGCACAUGACAGAUGAAUGGGACCAAACAAUAGAGAGAGAUCUUGACACCGUGGAACUUACCAUCGUCUCUAGUAACCACCACAAACACAAACAAGAUGUCGUAGCUCUUGAUCUCGGAAUAGGACCAUCUGAACCUUCAAGAACAGACUUCAUCAAGGAAGGCUGGCGUAGAGUUGAACAACACAGUCUCACUCUCGGCACCAACACCAAUGAACACCACAGUGUUAAAAAGAUCUCAAUUCAGCCUGAUGAACAGAAUGAAAACCUCUGGUUCAAUAUUGAUGGCGAGUACUUUGAAGCGGUGCCUACAGAAAUCACUCUUCUCAAAAACAGACUCAAGUUUUACUAUGAGCCAGGUUUGUUUGAGGCUACCAGUCCAGUGGGUAGCUGAUGUAUUCUUCUUAACAUCAAGACAGAGUUUACAGUCAACCAGUGAAACAGGACCAGUUGAUGUAUUCGUUUUUAAGAACAAGAUAAAUUUCAUAGUGAGCCAUUGAAGCAGCCAGAAUCAGCUGAUGCAUUCUUGAAAAUGGAUUCCGACUUCACAUUCUGCUGGUUUUAUUUGAUUUAGUCAGCUCUAGCUUGUGAAACUUGAGUGUUCAUUUUAAGACAUAUUUAUUCUUUUGAAAAGAGGUAAACAUAAGCAUAUUUUCAGUUUUAUACAAACUGCCUUACUGGUUUAAAGAGUUGAAUUUGUUAGAGCUAGAAAGGAUUAAAACAAACUACUGGUGCUCCAAAAUUAAUACAGUGAUGUUUUUUUCAUUAUUAUGCAUUUGAUAGCAGUGUGUGUUUAUAUUUGUACAAAAAAGUAUACAUUUAAUUGUGUAAUAAAAUGUCUUCAUGUAUACAGUAGUAAUAUUGUGUCCAAAUUUAAUACGGUAACAAAUCCACUUGUUUCUUACUUCCUUUUUGAAGUAAUCUUUGAAGAAAUCAUGUGGAAUGUCAAACUUUCUAUAAUGUCUGCUUUUCAAAAAGUAAGAUUGUCUUCAAGAGCCUUGAGAAAUUAAUGGCUUAGUCAUUUGAGUUUGAUAAUAAUCCUGGUAGCAGUAUAGCAUCUUUUGGGGUUUUUUCUUAUGUUCGUGCUUAUAUCCAAUUAAGGUUCAAGCACGUUGUCUUGUGCACACACCUCAGCUAUCUGGGCUGGCUGUCCAGGACAGUGGGUUAGUUGUUAGUGAGAGAAAAGGGGGUGUUGUGGUCUUACACCUGCCCAUUUAGUCCUUAAAAUUCGCAGUACUGGGCUGUGAACCCAGUACCUACCUGCCUUAUGUCCGAUGGAUUAACCACGACACCACCAAGGCAGUAUAGCAAACAGCAUUUCAAUGUGUCACAGGUGGAAGUACAUCUAUUGAUUGCACAUUAAAUAAGGACACAAGUUUUGUUGUCAUAAAAACCCUUAUUUUUCUGAUUUAUUUAAGUGUCGGAAGUUGUAGUAUUUAUACCUUUGGUGCAUAUGUUGAUUGGGAUGUCGCUUGUAGCAACUUUAGCCAUAUAUGUUACUGUUGUCAACUAUAAGAUUUGAUUUGGUGGUAUACACCCUACUGGUUGUAAAAGGUUUAUUGCACAUCAUGAUAUGUAUGGCACAAUGUAUUUGGAAGCUAAUGAAUAAAUCAUAAAAUGAUACUGAUAAAGAGUUGAAGAUUUUGGAAAUGAUCAGACCUUUACUGCAUUUUUAUACCAUGGUUACAAAGUCAUAAAUCUGUCAAAACAUUUGUGUGUAUAAAAUUCCAUAUUUAUAUAUAUAUAUAUAUACAAAUCUGUAUGCAAGUUUAAAAAAAAAAAACAGUUUGAUAUAAUAGAAAUAAAUAAUAUACCACCCUG